AUGCAUCAGGACAUGGUUCUACUUGUACGGGAACCAAAACCUGAAUUUCGGUUGUGCCUUUAUAUCGUGUUUGACUUUAUUCAAAUCUUAAUUUUUUUCUUUUGUUUGAUGUUUAUACAGACUUGGCUUCAUUCUGAACAAGAAGCAGCAAAAGACUUGAGAAAAGCUUUAUCAGAGGCAGAGGCUAGAAAUUUGGAGCUGGCAACAGAGCUUGAAACUGUUACCAGAAAAUUAGAUCAGCUUCAGGAAUCGGUACAAAGGUUCAAUGAAUAUUUGAAUAUGUCACUUAAGAUGGCCGCACGAGACACAGGAGCCCUUAGAGAGGCGAAAGACAAACUUGAAAAGCGUGUUGAGGAAUUAACAUUGCGUUUACAACUAGAAACGCGACAGAGAACCGACCUGGAAGAAGCAAAAACACAAGAAUAUGCAAAACAACAGGAGGCUUUACAAGCAAUGUGGUUGCAAGUUGAAGAAGCAAACGCUGUUGUGGUCAGAGAGAGGGAGGCUGCAAGGAAAGCUAUUGAAGAAGCACCUCCAGUCAUUAAGGAGAUUCCGGUAUUGGUUGAGGAUACUGAAAAAAUCAAUUCAUUAACAUCAGAGGUGGAGGCUCUAAAGGCUGAACGACAAGCCGCAGAACAUUUGGAAAAAGCUUUCUCUGAGACAGAAGCUAGAAAUUCAGAGUUGGCGACAGAGCUUGAAAAUGCUACAAGAAAAGCAGAUCAGCUUCAUGAAUCAGUACAAAGACUCGAAGAGAAGCUUUCGAAUUCAGAGUCAGAGAUUCAAGUACUCCGUCAACAGGCACUUGCUAUUUCUGGAGAAACAAAGACUACACCGGAAGAUAUACUAGUCAAGUGUAUUUCACAAAAUCUUGGAUACAAUGGGGACAUGCCUGUUGCUGCAUGUGUCAUAUACAAAUGUCUCCUUCACUGGAGAUCAUUUGAAUUGGAAAGAACUAGCGUCUUUGACCGUAUCAUUGAAACAAUAGGUUCAGCCGUUGAAGUGCUAGAAGACAAUGAGGUUUUGGCGUAUUGGUUAUCUAAUUUAGCCUCUUUAUCAUUGUUUCUGGAACAAAUAAUCAACGCAGCUAGAUCAGCUAGCACCAAUGACAUCAACGGAAAGUUUGGUGAAAGGAAGAGCACACGCAAAUGCUGCUCUGAUUGCACAUUGGGAAAGUAUCAGGAAAAGCCUAAACACAAUGGGGAGUACGUUAAAGCUGGUUUGGCUGAAUUAGAGCAGUGGUGUAUAGAGGCUACGGAUGAAUAUGCUGGCUCAGCUUGGGAUGAGUUAAGGCAUAUCAGGCAGGCUGUUGGCUUCCUGGUUACUUAUCAAAAGCCAAAAAUGAGCUUAGCCGUAAUUACAAGUUUCUUUCCGGUGUUAAGUAUACAGCAGCUAUACAGAAUCAGCACAAAUUACUGGGAUGAGAAAUAUGGCACUCAUAGUGUUUCUUCAGAUGUUAUUGCAAACAUGAGGGUUAUGAUGACAGAGGACUCGAACAAUGCCGUAAGCAGCUCCUUCCUUUUGGACGAGGACGAUAGCAUUCCAUUCACGGUGGGGGAUAUAACAGAGUCAAUGGAACAAGUGAAUGUAAACGACAUUGAACUUCCUCAGCUGAUCCGCGAAAACUCAAGUUUCAGCUUCUUACUCACUCGUAAAGAAGCUAGUCCAUCAUAAACUGGCAUUGGUGUGUUUGACGAUGUAGUCCUGCAUUGAGAAUGUAUUCAAUCUUUUUUUUGGGAUGGAUUUUAAUUUAGUUAUUUAUAUAUUUUGCUGGUUUGAGUGUUGUUGCAAUAAACGACUCAUAACUUAUAUUUAAG